ACUAGGGCGGGGCGGGGUAAAGAAAGCUGGCGCUGUUUCUAGGCAACUGAAGACUCUAGGUCCUUUGUGGGGCCUGCUAGCCAAGCGACAGAAGUGCCCUACAAAGUGCCAAUGGGCCGUUUGUGUCUGUUACACAUCUCUGAGAGCUUUGUCCUUUAAACUUCUGACCGGUUCCAGGGAAUAAAACUCCCAGGCUUCCCAGAUGUGUGGAACUGUUCCUGCAUCUAUAGCUCGUUGCCGCCGUCUUCGUUGUUGCCGUCUUCUUUCUACCUUCUGAGAGACCCUGAAACCCUUGCCAUGGAAAAGUACCACGUUUUGGAGAUGAUUGGAGAAGGCUCUUUUGGCAGAGUGUAUAAGGGCCGAAAAAAAUACAGUGCUCAGGUGGUGGCCUUGAAGUUUAUCCCCAAACUGGGACGCUCAGAGAAAGAGCUGAGGAAUCUGCAACGAGAGAUUGAAAUCAUGAGGGGUCUGUGGCAUCCCAACAUUGUGCAUAUGCUUGACAGCUUUGAGACUGACAAAGAGGUGGUGGUAGUAACAGACUAUGCUGAGGGAGAACUCUUUCAGAUUCUGGAAGAUGAUGGAAAACUUCCUGAAGACCAGGUUCAGGCCAUUGCUGCCCAGUUGGUGUCAGCCCUGUAUUACCUGCAUUCUCACCGAAUCCUCCACCGAGACAUGAAACCUCAGAACAUUCUCCUCGCCAAGGGUGGUGGCAUCAAACUUUGUGACUUUGGAUUUGCCCGAGCUAUGAGCACUAACACCAUGGUGCUGACAUCCAUCAAAGGCACACCACUCUAUAUGUCUCCAGAGCUGGUGGAGGAGCGACCGUAUGACCACACUGCAGACCUCUGGUCUGUAGGCUGCAUCCUGUAUGAGCUGGCUGUGGGCACGCCUCCCUUCUACACCACCAGCAUCUUUCAGCUGGUUAGCCUCAUUCUCAAGGACCCUGUGCGCUGGCCCUCCACCAUCAGUCCCUGCUUCAAGAACUUCCUGCAGGGGUUGCUCACCAAGGAUCCCCGGCAUCGUCUGUCCUGGCCAGACCUCUUGCAUCACCCCUUUAUUGCUGGCCGUGUCACCAUAAUAACUGAGCCAGCAGGCUCAGAUCUGGGCACCCCGUUUACGAGUCGCCUACCUCCAGAACUGCAGGUCCUAAAGGAUGAACAGGUCCAUCGGCUGGCACCCAAGGGUAACCAGUCUCGCAUCCUGCGCCAGGCCUGUAAACACAUGGCUGAAAAAGCCAAGCAGAAGAAAAAACAGAAUGCAGGACCUGCCCUUGAACCAGAAGAGAGGCUCAGCAAGGUGACUCUUGGCUCAGCCCCUGUGCCUGAACUAAAGGCUUCUCCUCAAGAAUCAAGCCUCUUGGCUAGUAUAUUGGACUCAGAAAUGAAGAGCAACUGGGAAGACUGGGUGGCUGGAGAAGCACCCCCCACACCUCGGGAAGACCACAUCACCUUGGAGUGUGAACAAGUGUUCCCGGAGUUGAGGCCAGAGACAAUGGGCCAGCAGAACACUGAUGCAAUGGAUCUAGAAAAUGAGGAGCCAGACAGCGAUGACGAGUGGCAACGGUUCCUGGAGACUACCGAGCCUGUGCCAGUGCAUCUGAAGGCCCCUCUCACUCUUCUGUGUAAUCCUGACUUCUGCCAGCGCAUCCAGAGUCAGCUUCGUGGGACUGCCGAGCAGAUCCUGAAAGGCAUCCUAGAGGAUGCUUCCCACCUGCUUCCUGCACUCCGUGUCCUGAGCAGUCUCCUGUCCAGCUGCAGUGACUCUGUGCUCUUGUAUUCCUUCUGCCAGGAGGCAGGACUACCCAGGCUGCCUCUCAGCCUCCUUAGACACAGCCAGGAGAGCAGCAGUAUCCAGAAGCAACCUUGGUAUAGGGCCUUUUUACGGGACCUGGUGGCUGUGGUACAGGCCUACUUUUCGUGCACCUUCAAUCUGGAGAGGAGCCAGACAGGUGACAGCCUACAGGUGUUUCAGGAGGCUUCCAACCUCUUUUUGGAAUUGUUGGGGAAGCUGUUGACCCAAUCAGAUGACUCCGAGCAGACGUUUAGGAGGGACAGCCUUAUGUGCUUUGCUGUCCUUUGUGAAGCUGUGGAUGGCAACAGCCAGGCAAUCUCCAAUGCCUUUUACUCCAGCCUGUUGACCACACAGCGUGCUGUGUUGGAUGGGCUCCUUCAUGGCCUAACAGUUCCACAGCUUCCUUUUCACACACCGCCAGGAGCCCCACAAGUGAGCCAGCCACUUCGGGAGCAGUGUGAAGAUAUACCUGGAGCCAUUUCUUCUGCCCUGGCAGCCUUGUGUACUGCUCCUGUGGGGCUGCCGAGCUGUUGGGAUGCCAAGGAGCAGGUCUCUUGGCAUUUGGCCAAUCAGCUGACUGAGGACAGCAGCCAACUGAGGCCGUCCCUUGUCUCUGGUCUGCGGCAUCACAUCCUGUGCCUCCACCUUCUCAAGGUUCUCUAUUCCUGCUGCUAUAUUAGUGAGCACCUGUGCCAUAUUCUGGGGCAAGAGCCCCUGGCCUUGGAGUCACUGCUGAUGUUGGUCCAGGGCAAGGUAAAAGUAGCAGAUUGGGAAGAGUCGACUGAGGUGGCACUCUACCUCCUGUCCCUUCUUGUCUUUCGGCUCCAAGAUUUGCCUUCUGGAAUGGAGAAGCUAGGCAGUGAGGUUGCUACUCUUUUUACCCACUCACAUGUCGUCUCUCUUGUGAAUGCAGCGGCCUGUCUCUUAGGACAACUUAGUCAGCAAGGGGUGAUCUUUGACCUCCAGCCCCAGGAGUGGAUCUCGGCAGCUGCACAUGCCUUGUCUGCCCCUGCAGAGGUCCGGCUGACUCCUCCGUGUAGCUGUGGCUUCUACGAUGGCCUCCUCAUUCUUCUGCUUCAGCUCCUUACACAGGGGAAACCUGGCCUGAUCAGGGAUGUGGCUGCUUCCGAGGUGUGGACCAUUCUGUGGCACCGCUUUUCCAUGGCCCUGAGGCUCCCUGAGGAGGUGACUGUACAGGAAGACGAUCUAUCACUGUCAAGUCCACCCAGCCUAGAGCCAGACUGGACACUGAUUUCACCCCAAGGCAUGUCAGCCUUGCUGAGCCUGGCCAUGGCCAUCUUCACCCAGGAGCCCCAGCUGUGCCUGACCCAUCUGUCCCAGCAUGGAAGUAUCCUCAUGCUGACCCUGAAGCACUUGCUUUCCCCCAGUUUCUUGCAUCACCUGAGCCAAGCGCCUCAGGGGCCCGAGUUUCUCCCUGUGGUGGUACUCUCUGUGUGCCAGUUGCUCUGCUUCCCUUUUGCCCUGGAUGUGGAUGCUGAUCUCCUUGUGGGCAUCUUGGCCGACCUCAGGGACUCGGAAGUUGCAGUCUACUUGCUGCAGGUCUGCUGCCACCACCUUCCACUGUUACAAGCAGAGCUGCCCAUUGGUCUCCUUACACGCCUGGCCCUCAUGGAUUCCACCUCUCUCAAGCAGUUUGUGGACACAGUGGCUACCUCUUCUAGAACCAUCAUCUCAUUCCUCUCUAUUGCUCUACUAAGUGAUCAGCCCCGCAUGAUCUCUGACCUUCUGUCCCUGUUGACCCACACGGCCCGCGUGCUGUCCCCUAGCCACUUGUCUUUUAUCCAGGAGCUCCUGUCUGGCUCUGACGAAUCCUAUCGGCCAUUGCGAAACCUCUUGGGCCACUCAGAGAACACUGUGCGGGUUCGUACGUACAGGCUUCUGGGACACUUAUUACAACACAGCAUGGCCCUCCGUGGGGCACUACAGAGUCAGGCUGGACUGCUCAGCCUUUUGCUGCUAGGGCUUGGAGACAAGGACCCUGCCGUGAGACGCAGUGCCAGCUUUGCUGUGGGCAAUGCAGCCUACCAGGCUGGUCCCUUGGGACCUGCCCUGGCAGCUGCAGUGCCCAGUAUGACCCAGCUGCUUGGAGAUCCUCAGGAUGGUAUCCGGCGCAAUGCUGCAUCAGCUCUGGGCAAUCUGGGACCUGAAGGAUUGGGCAAGGAACUAUUACAGUGCCAAGUACCCCAGAGGCUCCUAGAUAUGGCAUGUGGAGACCCUCAGCCGGCUGUCAAGGAGGCCGCCCUCAUUGCCCUUCGGAGCCUCCGACAAGAGCCCUGUAUUCAUCAGGUGCUGGUGUCCCUGGGUGCCAGUGAGAAAUUAGCCUUGCUCUCUUUGGGGAAUCAGUUACUGCCGAAUAGCGGCACCAGGCCUGCCUCUGCCAGACAUUGCAGGAAACUCAUCCACCUCCUGAGGCCAACCCACAGCACAUGACCCCAGAUUCCUGGGGCUCUUCUUCCAGCCUUCACUACCCUUCUGUUGCCAAGUCUUCCUCAUUCUCCUGCCCAAGCUACUAACUCAGCUGAGAGCUGAAGAGACUGAAAAAGAGUGAUAAGCUGCCAACUCCCCUGUGAGCAAGAAACUAGAAGAGAUUUUAUAUUAAAGCUCCUUCCUUUCCCUAGAUUCAUGGAAAUUUGAAUCAGUAAUCUUCUUCACUGUUGGUGCCAGAGAAAAUCCUUUCCUUUCUACAUACUCCAGUAAUGUGCCUUUAACCCCGGAACCAUGCCAUACACCCAGGCCUCAGGAAAACAUGUCUGCCCUGCUGGAUCUCUUCCUUUCUGAACCUCCUGUGAUCUGCCCAGAUAUUUUUGCCUUCUGUACACUGGUCUCUAUUUCAGCUCUAGCCUGUGGUGUGUGUGCGUGUGUAUGUGUGUGUGUUCUAUUUGUAAACACCUACUAAAAAAUGUGCCUUCUCCUACUUGAAGCUUCCAGGGUAAGGGGUUGGGAGGCUCAGACCCUCUUCUGGCUUCUCUGUGACACUGGAAGCCCUGUGACCCUGUGCACACAAGGUCCUGGUUUGGAGAAUUGUUUAUCCAAGGGCAAGGCCAAUGGAGCUGAUACAGAGAAGAGUAGAUAGGACUAAAGAGGUAAGUCAGGGUGCUUUGAGAUGAUAAUAAGUCAUUCUCAUAUUUAUGGUGUCAAUGUGUAUGGAAUCCUAGCUGCUUUGGGAGAGCAGCUAUUUAUGGAGACUGUGGGAUUUUCCAGGAAAGAGUGUUUGACAGCCCCAUCAGUUAAAAUCGAAAGUAACUGGACAUUCCAAUUUACCAAAAAGGGUGUUUGGUAGACAUUAGUUAGAAUCUAACUAUGUGUAUUAGGAAGGUUAACUGAGACAAACUUGCAGGGCCCAGAUUUCUCCAUCCAGUAAAUGGGGGAAGACUCCUCUUGAUGUGACUUAGUGGUGAGUGCUUGCUGCAUAUGUGUGAGGGUCUGGGUUCAGUCCCCAGCGGAAAGGGGAAGGGGAAGAAAGGUGCCCUUCUGUUCUUCCUUGAUUAAAGUAAGAAAUGAAAGAUGAGUGUGAUUAGCUGUAUUUUAUAAGGCAUUUUAUCAUUAUCCACUGUAGUUACACCUGAGCAAAAGUAAGAUUCCUCUGAGACCCUCCUUAAUUUCCUGCUCACCUUAUUAUUUUAAUUCAACACACACACACACACACACACACACACACACACACACACACACACACACACACACAUCCUGUUGAAGCACUAGAGAUAGAGUUGAGCCUGCCACAGAGUUUCCAUUCUGGUCAGAAAAAUGAACUUCCUUAAAUAAGCGCACUGAGGCUGCAUGGGACAGCAACCACUAAAGAGGCUGAAGCAAGAGGGUCACAUUCACAGGACCAGCCCCAACAACGUAACGAAUGAGCCCAUCUCACACAAUGAGUUAAUUAGGUAAACUAUGUAGACAGGUGAUUUUAAAAAUGUGCUGGAAUAGAAAAAAAAAAAAA